AUGUUUAUGAAACAGUUAUGAACUAUGGAUGUACAUCAGAUGUAUUGAUUAAAUUGUUCCUUCUAAUGACAUUAUUGUUUCUACUCAUUUUGUUUAUCAUCUACAUUUAUUUGGAUCAUGGACGAACUAGAAAAUAUAUCAUGAAAUUGCAAGGACCACCAGCAUAUCCAAUUAUUGGAAAUCUCCUAAUGUUUCUCGUUUCUUCUGAACAGUUAUGGCUUCUAAUACGAAAACUAAACAAGGAUUAUUAUCCGAUAUUUCGAUUAACAAGUAUGCACCUAUCAGUGGUUAACAUUCAACAUCCUGACGAUGCUGAGGUGUUACUGAGUAGUACAACUCAUAUAGAGAAAAGUGCGUUGUACGAUUUACUCCAUCCUUGGUUUGGAACCGGCUUGUUAACUAGUGCAGGUUCAAAGUGGCGGCACAGGAGGAAAAUUUUGACGCCAGCUUUCCAUUUUAAUGUUCUAAAAAAAUACGCAGAAAUUAUUUCCGAAAAUAGUGAGAAACUCAUCAAGUCAUUGCAUAACAAGAAAGAAUCGGUUCAAAGUUUAACUCCGUUGAUUACUAAAUAUUCUCUUAAUGUCAUUUGUGAAGCGGCAAUGGGCAUAAAAACAACAGGAAAAGAAGACUCGCAAAAUAAAUAUAGAGAGGCCUUGCAUAACUUGAGUGACAUUUUAGUGUACAGAUUUACAAGACCCUAUUUAUACCCACAUUGGAUAUUUAAUAACACUCAGAAAGGCCGCCAGCAAAAAAAACUGCUGAAAGUAUUACACGAGUUCACAACGCAAAUCAUAAAUGAAAGAAAAGACUACCAUGAUAAGACUAACGAGGAAUUCUUAAAAGAACUAAUUUCAGAUGACUCAAAUCAACAGUUAGUAAAUGAGGAAGUUCAUGGAAUUCGCAAAAGACGCUUAGCAAUGCUUGACCUUAUGAUUGCUGCCUACAAACAUGGACAGAUUGAUGAUCCAGGAAUACGUGAAGAAGUAGAUACAUUUACAUUUGAGGGACAUGACACAUCUGCAAUGGCUUCGUGCUUUAUUAUAUUAUUACUUGCUGAACACCAAGACGUACAGACAAAAGCACGAGCAGAAAUUAAUGAAGUAUUUAACAAAUCGAGUGGAAAAGUUAAAAUGGAAGAUCUGCAACAACUUCAAUACCUUGAACGAUGCAUAAAAGAGUCACUUCGGCUGUACCCUAGUGUGCCUUUUAUAUCUCGAAGUAUUACUGAAGAUUUACAUUUAAAAAAUUAUCUUAUACCAAAAGGAGCCAUAGCACAUGUUCAUAUUUAUGAUCUUCAUAGGAAUCCUUACAUCUGGCCAGAACCAAAUAAAUAUGAUCCUGACAGAUUUUUACCAGAAAAUUCAUGCAAUCGCCAUCCAUUUGCUUUCUUACCAUUUAGUGCUGGACCUCGUAAUUGUAUAGGUCAAAAAUUUGCAAUGAUGGAACUUAAGUCUCUGAUUUCUCAUCUACUUUAUCAUUUUUACUUGGAACCCAUAGAUCUUGCACACGAAGUUCCCAUUACACCAGAUUUGGUACUCCGACCUGCACGACCAAUUCAUGUUAAAUUUGUUCCUAUUCGAUGAUAAAUAUUGUAUUUUUUUACUCUUUAUUCUAGUUGUAUCUAGCUUUUCUAGAAUAUAAAGAAAUUUUAGAUCUAUUUUGUAAAAUAUAAUAACAAUGUUCUAUGAUAAACGAUCGAAAUCGUACGAUUUACACGUAAAUCACUAUUGUAGAGCUUAGGGAGUUUUACAAAAAUACGUAAUUGAUACUGAACUAUAUUUUUAAAGUGCUGCGAACUAUUGUCAUAACAUGUUUUUAAUCACAUCACCCAUGUAAGAAAAUUAUAUAGUUUGAUGAUAAAAAAAUAUAAUGGAAAAUAUAAUAUAAUAGAAAAAUGAUCUUUAAAGCGAUAUUAUCGAUAUUAUGGGCAUUAUUAUAAGUACGGACAUUUUAAUGGAGCUGCAACUUAUUUUAUUAAUUAAUAUUUUUGAUAUACAUAAUUUUUCACUGAGACAAAAUUUGUUGGGCUUAAAUUAACUGCAAUAGUAUCAUUCAAUAGUAGUUAUAUGUCUAGUGCUGCAUGUCGCUCAAAACAUGCAUUGACCCCAAGGGACUCCGUGUGCUUGGCCUGGUUUGAUGUAGAACAGGUUCCAACUCUAUUUUUCCUACUGAAGGUGCAGUAAACAUCCAAAGAAAAAAAAAACGUCCUAAGUUUAAAAAAAAUGUACUUGUUCGUGUCACUUACGAAUGAUAUUACUUAUCGAUGAAGAGAUUUAUGAAAAAUUCUUAGUAGGAAAUUUUUAUUAUCGUAUACAAUACAAACUUUUGGUGGGAUUACAUUUGAAAAAAAAAAAAAAAAAAAAGGUUACGUAAAAUUGGAACUAUCCUUUAUGCGUGUUCAUCAAAAGGCGCUGUGAGCAUUCGUUAUCUACAUUUAUUUUUUAGGUUGAUAAGGAUUAUCCUACUUUUAAAACUGGAUAAACUCACCAAAAUUUUCCUUGGAUAUUGGUAUCUGGUGUUAUCUACUGAUUUGAAUAUUAGAUAGUAAGUGCAGAUCCAAUAAUGUUAUG